CUCACCAGAAACUUCACACAUUUCGAAAGAGAAUCCCACAAGAUCAAUCUAGAGAGACCAAAAGAGAUCGGAAGAGAUGGCUUCUACCUCCGCGAUGUCAUUGGUCACGCCACUUAACCAGACCCGUUCGUCGCCUUUCCUCAAGCCAUUACCUCUGAAACCAUCCAAGGCUUUGGUUGCAACUGGAGGCAGAGCACAGAGGCUUCAAGUUAAGGCGCUCAAGAUGGACAAGGCUUUAACCGGAAUCUCCGCAGCUGCUCUUACCGCUUCGAUGGUGAUCCCGGAGAUAGCUGAAGCUGCUGGUUCUGGAAUCUCUCCUUCCCUCAAGAAUUUCUUGCUUAGCAUUGCUUCUGGUGGCCUUGUCCUCACCGUCAUCAUUGGUGUCGUCAUCGGCGUCUCCAACUUUGACCCUGUCAAGAGAACCUAAGAACUACAUAUCUUUCUUACAUCAUUAUUGUAAUCUGUUCUCCUUCUGUGUAUUCGUUUAAUGUUGCAGCAAUGAACUUUUGGAUAAAAGUAAAACUUGUUGUUUCUUGAAUUCGAAAGAAAAACGAAUGAGAUUUGAAAUCAUAAAGCUAAGCUUCAUUGAAUCAAGAUUCAAUAGAAUUCAUCAAUUCAU